CAUAAUGGGCUCAGGGACUGAACCCCACACGGGAAGAGAGAAAUUGAAUUGAGACAAGAGCACCACAUACAAAAAUUCUCAAGAUCAACAGCCAGAAUAUUAGAAGAGUUUGUACUCGAAGAUUGAGACAUGCAGGAAUACACAAAAAGGCGAAGCCGUGGUGGAAAAUUCUAUACGUAAACAGAGCUUCAAAUAUAGCUAUAACAACUCAGUAAGUCCAUGGAAAGAUUGUGAGGCGGGUCCAGAGAGCUAAAGCUUAAUCGCGUGGAAAAAUAAAAAUCCCCAUAUAGUGAGCAACAUUAGGGAAGUGCGAGUCAGCACACCAUCUGCGACCAAGGCCACGACGCUGAUUGAAGUGCAUUUUGUAAUCCUAAACAGUGACAAACACCUCCCACGUCCGUGUUCCUGGAGUACUGUGCCUCAUCUCUCCUGCUGGUGAGGCCCUCCACCUCAUACACUCACUGUACUGUGAGGUACAAGUCGACAGAGAUUCAGCAUCGGUUGUAUGAUUCUUUAAAUCCACGAGUGAAAGACAGUUGGUACUCUCUGAAAAAUGGCAGUCAGUGGUCUGAAACUGCGAAUGGAGCGGCUACGUUCCCACCUACACCGUCAAAACAGCAGAACCCAUGAUGAGGUUGUCGAGACUCAUGUUACAGUUGACAGAAUGAGGUGGGUUGAUUUCUUCUUGCGUUUGGUGCGAGUUAUUUUGGAGGCAGUUUCAAGUGUGAUCUUUUGGAUCAUUUAUCAUGGAGAUUCCCACACCCGACUACCUCCCAUCACUAAUCUCAUCCUUCUGGAGUCUGCGACUUCGUUGGCAACUAAAAUAAGAAACCAAAAGCUGACAAGUGAAGAGGUUGUAAAAUCAUUUAUAGCACGCAUCAAGGAAAUUAAUCCUAUACUUAAUUGUGUAGUCGACAACCGAUUUGAUGAGGCUUUAGAAGAUGCAAAAGCUGCUGACUUGCUUAUUCGAUCUGGCACAAUAGAUGUGAAAACAUUAGAAGAAACAAAACCCUUCUUGGGUGUUCCAUUCACUACCAAAGAUUGUUUUGCAGUGAAAGGUCUGCGUCAAACAGCUGGUUUAUGGUCUCGGAGAAACAUAAUUGCUGAGGAAGAUGCAGAUACGGUGCGAAUUAUGAGGGAUGCUGGUGGCAUUCCUCUGUGUGUGACCAAUGUUUCUGAGCUGUGCAUGUGGUGGGAGAGUGCAAAUACAAUAUAUGGGCGAACAAGUAAUCCAUAUUGCACUAGUAGAAUUGUUGGAGGAUCUUCUGGGGGUGAAGGAUGUAUCCAGUCUGCCUGUGGAUCUCCAUUUGGCAUUGGGUCAGAUGUUGGAGGGUCAAUACGGAUGCCAGCCUUUUUCAAUGGAAUAUUUGGCCACAAGCCUACUUAUGGGAUAGUGAGCAAUAUAGGCCAGGAGCCUAUAGCCACAGGUGAGACAAUGGAUUUCCUGGUGACUGGGCCCAUGUGUAAAUAUGUCAGGGAUCUGACCCCCAUGCUCAAGAUUCUAGCUGCCAGUAAUGUUCACAUGCUUAAAUUGGACCAAAAGGUUGAUAUACAAAACCUUCGCUACUUUUACAUCGAGGACGAUGGUGGAUCUCCUUUGGUAACACCAGUUCAUUCAGAGCUGCGAGCUGCACAGCAUAAAAUUAUAACCCAUUUUGAGAAAGCAUAUGGCAUUAAAGCCAAGAAGAUCACUUUGAGAAAACUGAAAGCAGCUGUAGCAAUUUAUUUUGCUAAACUUGGAAAUGUAGAAGAAGCACCCACUUUUUGUCAGGAGUUGGCACUCAAGCAGGGAGAGAUUAAUGUUUGGCUGGAGCUUGUUAAGUGGUGUAUGAGGUUAUCAAAGCACACAUUACCAGGUCUGCUCUUAGGGGUACUGGAGAAGCUGAACAAUUAUAGCAAGAAUUCAGGUGACUUCCCCAAACUCCUCACCAUGUGUGCUGAUCUGCGAAGUGAAAUUAAGGAACUUUUGGGUGAAGAUGGGGUGCUGCUGUUCCCAAGUCACCCUACAACAGCUCCAUAUCAUAGCCAGCCACUCUUCAGGGCAUUUAACUUUACCUACACUGCCAUCAUCAACGUAUUGCUCUUUCCAUCAACACAGUGUCCCUUGGGCUUGGCAUCAAAUGGAUUACCUCUUGGUAUUCAGGUUGUUGCUAAUCAUUACCAGGAUCACCUCAGCCUGGCAGUAGCUGCGGAACUAGAGAAAGCAUUUGGUGGUUGGGUGUGCCCCUCUGAAGUACCAUGACCACACAAGACACCCAGUACAUAAUUGAUGGAGGAUUGUAACAUACCACUGUGCCUCAUUAUAAAUGCAUGUGAUUAGAGAACAUUGAGGCAUUUUUUAAAUUAUUUUAUGUAUUUAAUGUGAUAUCGUGCACAUAUGAGAGCUAAACCACACACCAGAAGAUGAGAAGACGACGUUUCAGUCCGUCCUGGACCAUUAUCAACUCAAUUGUGAUAAUGGUCCAGGAUGGUCAGAAAUAUCGGUCUCCUCAUCUUCUGGUGUGUGGUUUAGCUCUCAUAUCUUCAAGCCACGUUAUUGUGAUUCAUCGUCUGCAUAUCUUGCGUGUUAGAUAAAAAAGGGAAAAAUAGUUUUUGAUACUGUUGUACCCUGAUGGAAAUAGGCAAAGAUAAGCAGAAGCAUUUACUUUGGACAGAACACAAAGUUCGUAACUGGAUCUAUCUUGGGGUAGUUUUUAUGCUUUAAAUGUGUAAAGUACAUUUGGAUAUUUUUAAUAACUAUUUCUUUAACUAUUUAAACUAUUAUGUGAAGUAUAAUGUGAGUGAUGGAAAGUGCAUGUUUAAUAAAAUAUCAGAUAUAUUGUCAUGCCAAGUCUCGUGCCAUUGGCUGUGCUCUGGACUACAGUACAAACACAAAGAUAAUCCAAUUAGUAAAAUACUUGUUUAUGCUUCCAGCAGGAAAACACUUGACUGCAUCUCCUGCCCUGUGUAGGAAACUUGGCAUGGCUUUAUGAAUUAUUUCUUAUAUAAUGGAUGUACUCUUUACUUACAUGAAUAUAAAUGAUUAAAUUAAA